AUGUUGCCGUUAUUGUUACUGUCUGCUCUCCCGUGCCUAGCAUCUGCAGCUAGCACUUCCGCAUAUUAUCUGAACGCCACAGCAACCCCACAAAUCACACCCAGCCCUACAAGUCCUGGAGGAAAUGGAAGCUGCUCUGCCGAGUGCUUGCUCCAGAUACCGUUCUGUGAAGAUUGGUACUGGAGCAAGCUAUACGUCUCAACAACACUGACGGCGGCGACCAAAUACAUCAUCAUCAACAGGAAGACAAACACAACUUCGACAAGGAUUGUGUACGCAGACCUCCCCGAGGGUUACACAUUGCCGCCGACAGAUGCUGCAGGGACGCAGGCAACAGUGACGACCUUCGGGACCCUGUCCACAACCCUUGCCUAUCCCACCCCAUACCUGAGCUGGGAUUCAGGAUACUACUGGUCAGGGACACUGCCUACUUUGGACGAGAAAAGCGAGUCUGUAUGCUCGACUGUAACUGGUAAAGUGUCGACCACCAGGACAAUCACCGUGUCAUCUAAGUCCAAAGUGAGGACUGAAUACAAAACCGAAACCUACGACAACGGUUCGCUCGCCAUUUCUACCGACUUCGACUACUCGUAUGUUCCUACAGCGACGCAGACUAGUUCCUACGUGACUUCGGUGUUUGCCACUGUCCUAUACGGCGACACAUUUCAGCGCACCGUACCCUCGGUGGACUCUGGCGACCCUUAUGGCUUCCUCUACACGCUGGUCAAGAACGAUACCAUACUCUGGCCGAAGUCGAUCGAGACGGACGGAGCAUACCUGUCGUGCACCACUCUGAAGUAUCCCGCCCCUGCCGAGGCUCUGAUGACCGCUUCGUUCAUUACAGAGACGUCCACUUCGUUUGACGACAGCGACGAUUCUCCAACAACUGAACCAAAACCGACCACCGAACCAAAGCCAACCACUUCCCCCAAGACGGAAAAGACCACUUCGCCAACACAACCACCCGCCGAAACCAGCCGCCCCGCACAGGAGACCACCAAGCAACCCUCCCCCUCACCGACGGCUGAGGCUCCUCCCCCCAACACGGCCCUCCCCUCAGGAAUCCAACAAACCACCAGCGAAGACAGUCCUCCCCCCAACACGGCCCUCCCUCCAGCAACCCAACAGCCCACCACCAACGAAGCCAGUCCCCCCGAAACCAUCGACACAGCCGCCCCCCCUCCCGAGUCCAACCCCGCGUCCCCCCCGGCCGCCGGCCCUAGUGACCCGACCGCGACCGCGACCAACGACGCCAGCGGCGCCGCCGGCCAAUCGCCGACGCCCAGCGCCCAAGAGCCGGCCACCGGCCAACCCCCCUCGACCUUCGAGACCGUCAACGUCCCCACCACCGACGCCGCCGGCUCGCCCACGUCCGCCCCCGCCGUCGUCAUCGGCGGCCAGACGCACCCCAUCGCCUCGACCGUCAUCCCGGCGACCGCCGUCAUCCCGGCGAGCGGCGCCGGCGGCAGCGCCCAAGGUGGUGGCCAAGGGCAAACGACGUCGUCCAUCACCGCCCUCGUCAUCGGCUCCCAGACCAUCCCCGCCGGCCAGACCGCCACCGUCGGCUCCGUCACCGUCGUCGUCCCCGUGCCCGUGCAGGCGUCCACUGGGGGUUCGGACGCGGCGGCGCAGACGGCGGCGACGAACAGCGGCGGCGGCCUCGCCGUCGUGCCGGUGCAGCAACCGACGUCCGCCGCCGCCGCCACUGCUCCGACGCCCAUCGCAGUCACGCUCCCCAACGGCGCGACGGCCUCCGUCGUGCAGGGCUCGUCCGGGUCGCAGGUCGUCGUCGUGGGCGGUAGCCAGACGCUGCAGCCUGGUUCGAACACUGUGGUCGUCGGCGGGGGCGAUGGCGGCAGCGGUGGUAGCAGCAGCACGGCGACGGUGGUCCUGACUACCGACGCGGCUGGCAGCACGGUCGUCGUUGCUGAUGGGAGCACGGCGGCGCUGCCGACCGCUGCUGCGUCGGCGAGCGAGACGGCGAUCGUCCUGCCUGGCGGCGGCGGGCAGGUCACGGCGUCGGUGGAUGGCGCGGGGCAGGUGGUUGUGGUUGAUGGCGAGGGGCGGACGACGACGCUGUCGGCGGGCGGGAAUACCGUCGCGACGGGGACGGGGACGGCAUCGGGUGUUGUUGUGACGUUGACGACGGAUGCGGCGGGGGAGAGUGUGAUUGUUGGUGGUGGGAGCACGGUGGCGAUUCCCACGGGGUCUGAUGAGAGUGCUGCUGCUGCUGCUUCUGUGACGGCGGUGGCGACGUUGGCGGGGGGGCAGGAGGUGGUCACGGUCGGGGAAGGGACGGUGUCUGGGUAUGUUGUUGAUGGGACGGUGUUGACGUCCGGGACGAAUGUGGUGGACGGGUCGACGGUGGUGUUGACGACGGAUGCCGAGGGCGGGACGGUGGUGGUGGAGGGAGCUGGCGGGAGCGGGAGCGGGAGCGGGAGCGGGAGCGGGAGCAGGACGGUGGCGUUGACGGGGACGGGUGUGGCGACGGAGACGACUGGAUUGGGUGGGUUGAUUUUGAGCGGGCUGGGCGCGUCCAAGACGGGGUCGAAGACGUCGUCGGGGAAGAGCUCUGCGAGUCGGACGAGUGGGGGUGGGAGUGAGGAGACGGUAUCUGGUACGGGGACGGCGUCGGGUGGUGCUGCUUCGGCAACCCAGUCGGAUAGUGCUGCCGCGGUUGUCGGAAAGGUUGGAAGUAGCUGGGGAGUGCUGAUGGAGGGCGUGGCGCUGGUGAUGUGCGCGGUGUACGGGGUGCUUCUGCUUUGA